GGUGGCUUGUCUUAUCUCGGUGUUACAUAGAGGGGGAGGGGCAGAACAACGGUCACAAGUUCACAAGUCACAACCACAAUCUGUCCAUGAGACUGACUCCUUUGGUCACUGGUAUCCUCCACGGAAACGAGUCCUCAGCUAGGCUCGACGGGUUUGUGAGGUGUGCAGGCUAAUUUUCAUCAUAGCCAGAAGGCCUACCCAGGGCACAGAGCUUGCGGAAUCGGAAAAUGCGUCUGGCUCCCUCACCCUGACCAAGACACCUAGCAACGUUGCGUCUUGAUCUUUCCCUCUCUGUUGAGUCUGGUCCUGAAGCCAUGCAGCAGAUAACAGAAGAUGGCACACAUAUUAACGGCGCAAAUGGUACCACCAAUUCUAUCCAGGAUGAGGACAAUCGGCGACUCACAGACGAGGAAUUCGAGAGAUACUCACGCCAGGUGAUCGUGCCAGGAGUGGGAAAGGAAGGACAGCUUCGCCUGAUUAACUCACGGCUGCUCAUCAUCGGAGCCGGGGGUCUCGGCUGUCCCGCUGCUCAGUAUGUCGCCGGCGCUGGGGUGGGAACUAUUGGAAUCGUCGACGGCGAUGUCGUCGAGCUGUCCAACUUGCACCGCCAAGUGGGCCACUCCACCUCACGCAUUGGCAUGAAGAAGGUGGACAGCCUGAUCACCCAUCUCGAGGGCUUGAAUCCCCUUCCUAGCUAUAUCCCCCACCCCGUACACAUCACCCCUCAAAACGCAGCAGAUAUUAUCUCGCAAUACGACCUCGUAAUGGACUGCACCGACAACCUGGCAACGCGAUAUCUCAUCUCGGACGUCUGUGUGCUUCUACAGAAGCCUCUUGUCUCUGCCGCCUCUGUCCAGAAAUCAGGCCAGCUGAUUGUGCUAAACUGCCCGCCUACCCCACAAGGACUUGUCGAGGGGAAUUGCGCUCCUUGCUACAGAUGUUGCUUCAAAAAGCCCCCACCGCCGAGCUCCAUGAUGUCUUGUGGCGAGGCCGGUAUAAUGGGCCCCGUAGUGGGAAUGAUGGGCGUGGCACAAGCAGGAGAGGCCAUCAAAAUUAUCGCGUCUGCUCUCCAUUUGACAUCCCAAAGUGAUGGUCCAGACAGAAAUCUCCGACAGCCCAGCCUUUUAAUAUACACAUACGAUCUAGAGAGCGCCGUCGGCCCGUAUUCCUUUCGGGCACUGAAGAUGGGCAGCCGGAAGAAAAAUUGCUUCGCCUGUGGCGAGAACUCUACCUUGACACUAGAGGGCAUCAAAUCCGGGAACCCCAACUACGACCAAUUCUGUAGCGUACCAGCAUCAAGCCGCAGUCUUCCCCCAGAAGAGCGCAUCACAGCGGCAGCGUAUCAUCGGGCGAGGGAAAGGGGCGAGCUACCAGAGCAUAUCCUGCUUGACACCAGAGAGAAGGAACACUUCUCUUUGGGCAAAAUCGACGGCGCUGUUAACCUCCCAUUUUCCAGGUUUCUCAUGAAGGCGGCGGCUAUCAAACGGGACGGUUCCCCCGUUGACGAUAUCCUGCCCACCGUGUCGACUGGGGUUGAUACCCCAAUCUUUGUGGUGUGCCGCCGGGGGUUAGACUCGCAGGAAGCGGUCGAGAAGCUAAAGGAGCUCGGGCUAGACAAUGGUGGGCAGAGGAAGAUUGUGGAUAUUAUCGGGGGCAUGAAAGCUUGGAAGGAGGAGGUUGAUCCAUCCUUUCAGUUCAUCUAACACUCGGAAUGCAGGGCCCCAAAGAAACGGGGGCUGAGAGGGCUGGUCGGGGGUAUUCAUGUUGCAGAGGAAGACUUGAGGGUAAUUUCUGGGGAUACAUGUCAAGAGGAGACUUUCAUUAGUCGCUCUGGGGAUUCCUCGCCAACUAUGUUACAAUAAAGCAGGCCCAAAACACCAUCAACUGUGAUUACCGUCUGUUCAAUAGUUCCUACCUUCGCAUACUAUGACGCAUCCUUUUGCAACACCGGGUGGUACUCGCUUAUCCAUACAAGCAAACUCUCCUUUCCCCUUCAUACAGACCCUGUCCGCUUCUUGUUGAACGCCCUCUGAUCCUUCAGCCACUGCCGAUAGCCCGCCAC